AUUUCUUCGAGACAUUGAUCCAACCUCAACUUGAUUGAACUAUCAGGACAAUCGCGACCGAUUCUCUAGGAGCUGUUACGGAUUCUCUGUCUCCGCCCAGACGCUUUAGUCCGUGCUGACCUGUGCGCUCAACUCGGAUUGACGCCCGCCGCUUCACCACACUCUCCCGUAGCCACUCAUCAGCAACUGUUGAUGCCGCAUCCUCGAACUUGUCUGACACGCACACGACGUUUCUAUCACAGGAAUGUCCCAUAACGUCUUGCCGCAGUCCUCCUUGGACUUUCUCAAGUCUUGCUCAACUGGCGUGCACCUCAUCGCCGGCUUUUCUUCCAUUAAUUACUGGGUCUAUGCUGUCGACGAGACCCUGUCUGAUCAAACUACAAUCGCAAAACAGAAAAGCCUCGAAGAAACACUCCUUGAUGCUGAGAUAAAAGCUAGAGAUCAGAAGCGCAUUGUAUAUCGUGACGGGACGUUGCAGACGCUGUGGUUCUUUGCCGGACGCUCUGAACCACCUUUUAAUGAGACGCCAGACCCUGAUGGUGACAGUUCCUACAUUGAACUGCACGGUUGGGUAUUCAGGAUUAUGUUUUCUGGAGUAUUCAAGGCAUCAGAGCUUGGCAUAUACUCAGUUCGUCUUGCGGCUCAGCACUCUGCAUUGCCAACACAGAUUCCGACCGAAGCACUGGCUUCAGCUAGCCUUGCAAAAGGAGCUGCGCAGGCGAGGCACAUUCAAGAACAUGCUACGCCGUCAAAUUCUUCUCCUGUGACGAGCUUUCCUUAUGAUAAGAAUGAUAUUAGGUCUCUACACGCUUUCUUCAUUCGAGCAGUUCAAUCUUUCUUUGCCUAUACUCUGGCUAAGGAGCUCAGAGCUCUGCAGCUGGAUCUGGGUACAUUUGUCUCAUUCCACGACGACUCAAAAAGCCGAGAGGAGGAGGAUGGUGCUCCUAGAGCUCUUCCUGUGUUCACGUUGGACACCUCUCUUGCGAAUGGCGGAGGGUUGUUGUUGUCAACAACCCUGAAAGAGGACAUAUCCCUUUCCCCAUACCUUGAAUGCAGCUCGGAAGUAGGGCAAGGGUGCUCAGUCAUCGUUGUACCUGGUGGCUUGCAUGCUACUGUCGUACCUGACUAUACCUCGAGCGAGACAACCGAUGUUCGCUUAUGGAAAGCUUACGUUGCAUAUCAACUACGAGCCAGAGGAAUAGAUCUUGGCGAGAUCAAUCCUCAAGAUCGUUGGAUAUUGCUGAAAACACAGAUUCCUAUGGGACAAAAUGAAAAGGAUCCAGGUCAAGAAACAAAUUUCUAUUGGCCAAUGACACUAUGCUUCUCACUCUUUCAUCCUUGUUCAGAUUCCACGGAAUCCUUUAUUACGCCUCAAGCUUGGGGAUCAGCCGAAUCAUACUGGUUCCUGCAGACAGUCCCUAACGACAGAGAUGGCUAUCAAGAUCCACUGCGUUUUGCACAAGAUUGGUAUGACGGUAGGCUAGCUCGUGACAAAAUAAUUACAGAGCGUAACAGUCUUAAGGAAAUGACAAGAAAGCAAGCUGAAAAUGGCAACCUUCCCGUCACUUCGCCAUCGUACAUUCGAGAUGCAUUACAGGUAACAGCUGGUGUCUACCCUACACCUCCAGACGGCGUUCUCUCAAGCCAAGCACAAACAAUUCAAGACGUCCCGGCCGUCUCGUUACCAGUUGAUCCAAAUGGUCAUAGAAGCAGCCUUGACAUGCAACAUGGUGAAAUGAUGGAUCUUGACAUGGGGCCCUUCGAAGAGAAUGCACGCCAACGAAUGAGCGUCAUAAGCCGUACUUCUUUAGAUAUCUCUAUGAAAACAGGAGGAGACGAUCUUUUUGGUGACGAUAUGGUCGACGAUGACUUGCGCGGUCAAGAUAUCACAGACGCUGACUUCAGCUUCUUUGACGAGCCUGAGCUUCCAGAUACACUGGCGGUCGAUGAGGGUGACCAAUCCAUCAACGGUGCCCAAGUGAAGAGUUUUGAAAAUGCUGAAAUUGUGAAUCCACAAGGCGAAAACCCGGAGUCUUUUUUUGAAGCGCAAGAAUCCCCAAGCCAAGUCUUGUGCUCAAGAGAAGCUGCCGACAAACGUGAUGCUAGGUCUGCCGAUGAGGUGACAGUUACAGAAAUGGAUGAUACGACUUCUUUUAAUGCAGAAAGAAAGAGCGGCCACGAGCCGCUCAGCCCCCUCCUGCUUCAGAAGAAGUUGUUUAACUUCUCAACCCACCAUCAACCGGAACGAAGAGCAAGUCAAUUUCAGCCGCUUGCUUUCAAUACCAUAAUUGGACAAAACGAUGCCAAGUAUACAUUGGAUGGUGCCUUCGGAUUUAAGACGCGAAUACUAGGCAUAGCUAACAAUCAUUUCGCAACCUCUCCCCGUAUAAAACCACGACCACCUGACAUCAGAGGCAAGGGUCUCUCUGGUCUUACGCGGCGAUCGAUAACGUCACCUAGCCAAUUACGUUCUCGCAGUAGUGAUUGCAGCAGUGAUGUCACUGACAGCUCUGAUGACGACUCAUUCUACGGAGAUGACAUGCGCUGCUACAUCUCAUCACCACUGAAAGGCAAGAUUCUGGAGGGUACUAGCAGUGUUGAUGACGAUAAUGAUGCUCGAAGCGCUUCUACAGCAAAUGGGCUAGCAAGAGAUAGAUUUAACAUAGGAUUCGAUUACAAGUUAGUCUUCUCGAGCAUCGUUCAGGGCAACACGGACCUGGAAAAGUUCCAAACAUUUAAGACACUAUCUUGUUCUCAAGGCCAAUCAGGAAAGCUCGGCGCCUCUAUCACAGAUUCAUGCUUUUCUUCCGCCCUGCCGAGAGAGGACCCACUGAACCCGCUUCACAAGGAUUUCAUUAAUGUUGCUCAGAUCGUUGCUGAGCAGAUUGCACUAGGUUUUGUUAAUGAGACUAGGACGUCAAGACAUUCGAUCAUGGCUUGUGAUGAGAAUGCUGGCUUAUCUUUUAUCAAACCUAUUGCAAAGCUGAAAGAAGCGAUGGCCGCGAUUCGACAAUGUUGUAACGCAGCUUCUCCGUGUGAUCUGCUGAGAUGGCUGUGUGUACAAGAAAUCCCUCCCGAACGGCAAGCUGUACCCAAGGGUAACCCACCUAUACCCCAGAAGAAACUCACAAUAUCUGGACUACAGACCUCAGAUGGCUCGCCGGUCCCCGCAACUGCACUCGCCCCAUUGGCUCCGCCUCAUGUGCGAGUCCGAAGGAAUGAUGACCUCUGGGACAUGCUCCCACCAGCACUACCUUUCUGGGAGCAGCUGGGUUUAGCGCCAGCUGCUGGGAAGAAAAACGUUCUGGCAUUCUGCGUUUGCCCAGGGAAUCCAGAUCUCACAAAACAAGUGAGUCUUUUCAUGGACUAUCUUGGAGCCACCUUCGAAAGUUGUAAGCUUGGGGCACAUGUCAGGGCUACUCAGAUCGGUAAUAUCGCGGAUGGCGUGGUUCCCGUGUCACUCUCCGCUGAUGCAUCGGAACACUCUAUUUUCCAGAGUGUGCGGGAGACUUGCAUUGAGUUCGGAAAGACCAUUGCCAACUUUGACUGGAGCUGCAAAAUCAACUUCAGCCCUCCCAUCGAAGAUCUGAAUAAGAUUGACACUCUUGUCAUAUACAUGAUUGACCCAUUCACAAAUAGUUCGAGAGGCUUGGCGGAGCUUUGCUCGUCAUUUUGGACUCUUUAUGAGACGUAUCGACAGGCUGUGGCUUCUCCUAUGCGACGGACUGUGCGACCAGAUAUUGUGUUACAAGUGUUGCCAAUUCGUUACGUCGCGAACCCACAUACUCCUGUCGUCAUGGACUCGUUAUUCUACCAGAAGUUGGCGCGAGAAAUAUAUGAUCGAUGUCCACCAGCUUUACCGGAUACAAGUGCCUCUCCUCUCCCCAUCGAGUCUGCUGCGGCUGUUCUAUUGGAGCAGUCGCUACCUCGCAAGAUCGAUUUCAAACUUCAAGCCGAACCUCCGCCUGAUUUGCUUCACGAAGGAUCUAAUCUUCAUUUGGCUUACGCAAGAAGUAAGAAUCGUGAAUGGAUUAGCGUAGCAUGGACAGAUGGAACUGGCAAAUAUCAAGCAACUUCAAGCUACUGUCUCGUCGGUGGACGCUCAUUUGCUGAAGUUGCAAGAGUUAUUUGGCAGAGCACAAUCGAAAUCAUGCAAGCCAGGCGUGUCGCGUGGAGGCUGUGCAUUGCAAGAGUGGGUAUUCUAGAGAGAGAAGAGCUCGAUAUAUGGUCUAUGCUUGCAACCUCGCCAUCGCCUGUGGUUAUGAUCACUGUCAUCAUGACAGUGGACCCCAACCCACCCAUAUCGGUCUUUCACGAGCAUCCCUCGUUGUCUUCAAAACUUGGAAAUCAAGGAUCGUCAAACACGCCGGUCGGAACACCACUGUCUGGAGUGUCUCCAGACAUAGUUUUGACCCCAGCGGCCACACCGAAUACGGAAGCAGGAGUUGAUUUGUCAAAUGAUCCCGACGCGCAUCUCGUUGACAUUUACGAUGAGACAUGGGGGCUAAUAUUAGGCCACCGAACAAAUGUGUCGAGCUCUGUAGCAGAUUAUCGACCUAGUCUAAGCUCGGGAUAUUUAAUGAAGGGCAGUGCUGCAUCAGUAGUACCCACGCAUGAUCCAGAAGAAGCUGAAUCCCAGGACAUCAUUUUGAUCGGCAUUAAGUUAGUCUGGAUAGGCAGUAGUCCGAAGCCGAACCCCACUACCCAAAAUCAGCAAUCUCAACCUUCUCCAGUGUCUUUACAGGCAUCGUACAAUGGAAUGUCGUCGAACUUUCCAACUGAGCAGGCGGCCGCAACUGGGUACUCUUCGCAGUCGACACCACCGACGGCCGCAAGCACUCCAGGGCAAUCAAGUCAGCUGAGCACGUCAACCAGCGGGAGUAGUAUUCCCAAAGUGACAGCUGACAGUAUUUUGCGAGAUUAUUUACAGAUGUACAGGAACUUGGGCGUUUUGGCAAAAGCAAGAGGCUUACACGGGUCGAUGAGAGGGGCAUUGCCAUGGCAUGUCCUAGUAGCAUCAAGGGCUGUCGAAGGAUUAGAAGCAUCCUACGGUACAUUAAAAAUAAACUCUUAAUGGUCAAAUUCAUGCGCCAGCAUUGGCCAUGCAAAC